CACUGUCGUUACGAGUCCAAGUGGAGGAGGGAAGGAGGAGAGACGCAUUAUUGCAGUAGCCUACAGAGCCACAGCACUUUGCACAAGACGCACACCGGAGAGAAAGAGAGGAGGGGGUGACAGAAAUCAGAGACAGCUGAUUUCACAUGACUGGACUUUUUCUUUUUUCUUGACCUCACCUUUAUUUUGAAAUUGCGUUAGCCAGAAGCUUUUGGUAGAAGCAACUAAAACAGACCAGCCAAUCAGCGCUGCAUCUCUGGUAAGGACUCAGCAUCUCUUGGAGGAGCAGUCCUGCAGGAGUCAAAACAUCCGUGGAUUUCCUCUUGAGUGGAUUAUCAUUCAGAAGUACUUUUCUCUUGAGCUCGCGCAGCUCUGCUUCACUUCCUGGUGAAUUAUUACCGACUCGUUUACGUGCAUCGGUAUUGCGGUACUUUGCUGACGACUAGCAGUCGCCUAUAAAUGCAUCGCUAGAAGAUUGGCUCCACUGCGCCACGACCCCCCCCCCCGUCAUCUUCUGUUGCUGUCUGCACGGCACUUUGAUCACUUUGUUCUCUGAAAAUUUGGACUUUUAUUAGGACCAUUGCCUGAAAAUUCCAGUCUCUCUCUUUUCUCCACAAUCUUGCAGUUUUUUUCUCUUCUCUUUAUUGUACUUCGGAACCUCCCUCUCCUGUCUCUCAGCCCGUCACCCCUCCUCCUCCUCCUCCUCCUCCGCUCCUGCCGUGAGUCACUUCAAACAGCUGCAUAGAAGAUGUCCGCCCCUGAUGCUGCACCAGCUGGAGCCCCUGGCGCCCCAGGAGCCCCAGGCCCAGAUGGAGCCCCCGGCGGCGGACCUCCCGCCCCACCCAACACCAGCAGCAACCGCAGGCUACAGCAGACACAGGCCCAAGUGGAGGAGGUGGUGGAUAUCAUGCGGGUGAACGUGGACAAGGUUUUGGAAAGGGACCAGAAGCUCUCAGAGCUGGAUGACAGAGCGGACGCUCUCCAAGCUGGAGCCUCCCAGUUUGAAAGCUGCGCAGCCAAGCUAAAGAACAAGUACUGGUGGAAGAACUGCAAGAUGAUGAUCAUGAUGGGUAUCAUUGGAGUCAUUGUGGUCGGAAUCAUAUUCUUGUACUUCUUCUACUGAGCUCAGCCCAUCAGUACAGAUGGAUACGGACUUAAGAAAGAGAGAGAAGAGAGAAAAAAAAGAAACCCAAGUGUCCCCUGUUAUCCGUCCUCUCCUUCCUCUCGCCACACAGUCUUCCAUCAAACCAUCCUGCACUUAAACAUGACAGCAGUGUCUCUAGGUGUCUCCGCUCUCUUUGUCCCUCCCUUCUUCUUGCUUUCUUCUGCUGGUUUGGUCUUCGCUCACUCUCUCCUGUCUCUGCACCUCAUGUAUUAUUGAAGGACGUGGCAGGGCCGAGCGAACGGGGAAGAAAGAAAGGGAAGGAGGGAUAGAGAAAAAUGUUGUGACACGGGAACACACAGGGCUGAACAAAGCUACGGGGGAAAAAUUGUACGAUGUACAGAAGGUGAGUGUGUCCAGGGGGGGGAAAAAACAAAACAAGUGUUUGCGGUCCUUUUUACUCCAGAUACGCCAAAGCUUGUCCAUGUUUCCCUUUUUGAAAGUCCUACAUUUGUAAAUUGAUACCAAACUAACACACUCCUUCUGUCACAACUGCUAGCAUCAUUACUGACAAACAGUCAUGUUAGAAUAAGAGUAUGGACAUGUUUUUGUGUGUGUAUUUGUGACCCAAUCAUAAUAGCUGAUAGCAUUUAUUAUGUUUAGCUGAUAGCUUUAUUUCUAAUGUUUUUUCCCUACCUAACUCUCUUUCUUAGUCACUCUAUUUCAGUUUAGUAAUAGAGAGAGAGAGGGAGAGAAAGAAAAAUGCCAGGAGACCGUACGAGAGGAAAAUAAGAUGUGUUUUAGGGAAAGUUAGAAACAAUAAUGCAUCCUUUUAUUCCUGUAAAAAAAAAAAGAGGACAAACUUGAUUCUGGACUCAUAAGACUUAUUGAUGAAGUAGAUGUUUUUAAACUAUGCUUUAUAUUUGGCAUAGUAACAUGCACAGUAAGACAAGCAGCCACUAACAGACAAUCUCCUGUGUUCAUGAGGAAGAGCGCAAGGUCUCUAAACUCUGACUUCAGCAGAGUCACAGCCAUAGACAGAUGAAUGUGUCGCGUCACAUUUUUUGAACAGGUUCAAGGCCAACUUAUUUUGAAAGUUGUGCAGGCAAAAACGCAUUUGUUUGAUUGUUGUUUAAGUUGUCUUGAUCUUCAAAAAGAAAGGAAAUGGGAGGAAGUACAUGACUCAAGAAACCAAGAGCCUCACCCGCAUCAACACAAACUCACCUGUCAUUUGCAGUGUAACAGCCAACAUGAGGUGUUUGUUUCGAACUUGCAUGGCAAACGGUGUCCAUAGUUUUGCCUCUUUGUGUGACCUGUGUAUCUGCCAUUUCUGAAUCUAACUGCCGAUUGUAUAUUUUCUUUUGUUAGUGGUCGAAAGGGCCUGUGUAUAUGUCUUUCUGAUCGGAUGAUUACUGCUUAUGCAAUGCAAUGAUGCUCAAGAGUUUGCCAAAUUUUGUUGAAUUCUCUUGUUUUGGAAAGAAAAAUACUAUUCAGAGACUGCAAAAAAACUGCUACUGUAGUGAUCUGUCAAAAUCAUGUAGUAUUGUAUGGGUAGAAAAGUAGAAUCAGCUGUCAGACUACACUCCUGAAAAUGUGUUUAUAAAUCCUUUCAGGUUUUUUGGGAGGAAUGUUGGACUUCAAGGAAAGACUUUCUUCUCUUAGAACUGAUUUUAAGUUGAAAAAAAAAAUGUUAUGUGCAAAAUGCACUUAAUGCAUAAUUGUAGCAGUUUGCCAUAAUUAUCUGAUGAUACUGUGCAACGAUAUCAUGAGGUAAUUACCGGACAUAGAGAGGGAUAUGAGAACAAGAUUUGUGAUUUACAACCUGAUAUGAAGUAAGAGAUGCAAUCGGAUUUGCAAAAACAAAUGCAUGCUUACCACUUUUGCUGAUGCAAAUAAACGAAAUCACCAACA